CUGGAGCGAAGGGGCUAAAGGUGCCUCCCCACACUCGCCUCCUCAGGUAGGCUGAUAAACACAGUUGGUGCAGCUGAGAGUUUAUUCUGACGGGAAACAAGACGACAACAGGCUGCUGGUGUCCGUCAGAGCUGGUCCAUUACAAUGAGAGCAACACGGACCGUCAGUCAAUGAAGAAACGUGUAAUAAGGUUCAAGUCAUGUUUCUGAUAUGGAUUUUCGUGCUAUCUGCUGUUCCAAACGCACUUUAUGCUGGCUCCAUCUUCUGCCCGGACCCGGAGGGCGGCGAGCAGAAAGAAGAUCACGUGACCGACUGCCUCGGUCUUCGGUUCACAUGGCUCCACUCGGUCUUCGAUAAUUUCCCCUCGCUGCUGAAUUUUGCUCUGAAGCUCCGCUGCGAGACGGGGCUUUGUCCGCGAGACCUGGAAGAUUACGGCUGCUCCUGCAGAUACGCGGCCACCGGAAAUCCCUUAGAUCCUCUGGAUGCCUGCUGUGAGACUCACAGGUUGUGUUACCAGAACGUCGCCCCCUGCAGGCAGCAGCUGCCUCCGCUCCUGGAUAACUUCACCUGUCCGGCAGCAAACACCAGCUGUGACGGUGGCGAUUGGUGUCAGCAGAGGUUCUGUGAGUGUGACCAGGCCGCCAUCGACUGUGUGACUCAGAGCUCGUACAACUCAACCCUGAGAGGCCUCGCCGACUCGUCCUGCUUCGCCACAAAUCACACAGAUGUGCUCGGUGGCACCGUGGAGACCGCCGAACUCUUCAGAGAUGUUCUCUCAGCAGGAAACGACUCUGAGAGCUUCCAGAUCUCCAACUCUUCGCUCCUGUCAGCAGAGAUUGACCUGCUAAUGACCGGCAGAGUGGAUAACCAGAGCGACACCACAAGGAUGGACGGUGACCUCGCCACCCCACCACCGGGCCCGCCCCUACUGCUGGCGACCGCCGAGGAGUUUGAGGAAGGCGAAGGUGGCGCAGAGGAGGUCGAAGAGGAAGAGGCAAGUCUCAUCCCUCGAGAUUUGAAUGAGGCAGCGACGGAGGAAGCACUCGAGCUGGAAGAGAUAAAUAAAGAUCAGACGACCCACAAUCCUUCAGCGAUCGGCCCCGAUUCGGUUUUAUUCGAUGGAGAAACAGCGAGCGAAGGAGAAUCCGAGCCGACCGAACUCUCCUCACUGAGCUUUGGAAACACGGAGACGUCUUCAACAGCUUCGACUCGGACUGCAACUCCCAGAGAGCCGACCAGUUUGGAGGAGUCGUCUGAGGAAGGUUUGAUCAUCACAACUUCAGCAAAACCACAAAUCAGUCCAUCUGAGAGAAGAACAACCACACCCAGUGCCCCAACCUUAAAGUCAUCUGAAGAAGAAGAAGAGGAGGAAGAUGGUGAUGAAGAGCAACAGGAGGUUUCAGAUGAGCACGCAGCAACACCUUCGGCUUCAGAGGAGGGUGUCGGCGAGGAGAGCGCCAGUGUCCUGAGGGCGACUGAAGAAAUUAUUACCACGGUGACAACAAGAUCCUCACCAAGAAGCUCUGGACCGGAGAACAACCCCGUCAGAACCACCACAGCUCCUCCUGACGCGUCCCGGGAGGAAAACAUCGAACCAAAGACGCUCGCCACCGCCAUCGGUGCUCCUCUCGGCCCCCUGAGCCAAGGACGACUGACUCAACAACCAACAACCUUACCGCCAACGUCAAUGAGCAGCGUCUCUCAGACGACGGCAGGAAGCAGAGUCACCGCCAUCAACUCGAGACCGGAGGCUGCCACGUCCUUCCGAACCACGACGCCAACCGCCAUCAACUCGAGAUCGGAGGGCGCCACUUCCUCCCGAACCACGAUGCCGACCUCGCACACGACGGCGGAGACCGAAUCCGAAGAGGAGGAGCCAGAGAAAGCUCCAUGUGAGGAAGGAGAGCUGGUAGACAGCUCGCAGGAGAAAGAGACUGACGACUGGGACGUGGCUCAGAAGAGGACGGUGCCGUUCUUCGCCUGGUCCCUGCUGGAGUCUGUCGGGCUGUCAGAGAUUCAGCUACAGCCGGCCGACAGCAAAGAAUGCAGUCGCUCUUUCACCGUGUACGGCAACGACGGGCGAGCCAGCCAGGAGAUGCCGGCUUUCGGGGAGAUGCUCCACUGCCUGACGGGUCGAUGCCCGCACGAGUACGAGAUGUACGGCUGCUACUGCGGGCAGGAGGGCGGCGGUCCGCCUCGGGACCAGCUGGACAGGUGCUGUUUCUUCCAUCACUGCUGCCUGAAGCAGAUAAGCUCGAUGGGCUGCAGGGCGGACAGGAAGCUCAAUGCUCAGAUCUCCUGCGAGGGCGCCAAACCUCGAUGUCAGGGCGUCUCCGUGUGCGACAAGCUGCAGUGUGUGUGUGAUAAAACGACGGCAGAGUGCAUGGCGGCGGCCCACUUCAACCACAGCCUGCCGUUGCAGCGGUGCCGUGGCCCUGGACCUCCCUGCCGCCGGGCCAGCAGACCCCCCAAACCACGAGGGCCUCCUCAGUCCAGCGAGGAGAGUGAGGAGCAGCAGGGAGGAGGAUCCGACAUGGAGAAACCCAUAAAGGAGGAGACGGAUACAAACACGCCACCGCUGCCGCCACACCGAGGUCUCAGCAGUGAGGAAAGUUCUAACCUGAAGGACGAAGACAAGUCAAAUCCUCCUGUUGGAUCAUACGUCAGCUCCACACUUCCUGACCCUCCUCUUCCUCCUCCUCUUCUUCCUCCUCCUCCCUCCAGCGAGCAGAGCAGAGAGCCGCCGACACACAGCGGAAUUCAAACCCACAACCACAGGCCGAGUGUGGUGCCGAGCCACGGGCACCGACCAGCGGGGAGACCAGAAGGGACCGGGAUGAAGGAGGAAGAGGAGGAGGAG